UCACCAAGUGUUAUGUGUCAAUGUCAUGUCAGUUUUUAUAGUUUGAGCUUUGAGUUGAUCAAAGUUAAUUUUAUUGUAAAGUUGAGGUUGGUCUAUAACUAGCUUUAACUGAAAACAAACAAGACACAUAAUAAAAAAUACUUACUUCCUAAAAAAAAUAAUUUUAAAUAUUUACAAAGCGCUAGUAACAGGCAUAUAAUAAUGGCAUACAACCCAGGUUACGGUCAACCAAACUACGGUGGCCAACCGGCUGGCCAAUUGGAAAUUGGCCACGGGCCAUACCCGUCUGUUGGUCCUGCAGGCGGGGUUGCUCCACAAGUGCAGCAGUGGUUUGCUGCAGUAGAUAAAGAUCAAUCUGGGUUCAUAUCAGCUGCUGAAUUAAAGUCAGCCUUGGUGAACGCUCAAGGCCAAAAUUUCUCCGAUACAGCAUGUCUACUGAUGAUUGGAAUGUUCGAUAAAGAUCGUUCUGGGCAUAUAAAUCUCGAAGAAUUUGACAAACUGUAUACUUAUAUAAAUCAAUGGCUUACGGUUUUCAAAACAUACGAUACCGAUCAAUCUGGCCAAAUUGACGAACAAGAAUUAUCGAAAGCACUAUCACAAAUGGGAUUCCGUUUCACGCCUGAGUUCAUAAAUUUCUUAUCAAAAAGAUGCGAUCCGAAAACCGGAAUGAUAUCAGUGGACAGUUUCAUUGUGUUAUGCGUUCAGAUUCAACGUUUCACUGAGGCUUUCAGAGUGCGCGACACUCAACAGAACGGAACCGUGACAAUAGGUUUUGAAGACUUCCUGAAUGUAGCGCUUAGUUGCUCUAUAUAAAACGUAAUCUCGUAUUCGUAUCAUAACAGAUAUCUAAUGAAUCUUCACUUUGCUAUAAAACAGCAGAUAAAAUGGGUUUUAAUAUUCAUUGAAUAUGUUUUUAAGGGUCUCAGCUGUGUCAAUAUCAAGUUGGGUGAAAUGCAAACUAUAUGUUUUUCUUUAAUUUUUACUAUUGACA